UUGGUUUUUCUCACAGCUGAUCUAAAUUGCUUUUUUCAGCCGAAAUCGGUCGACGAUGAUGGUUCAUCCGAUACUGACGACGAGUUGGAGGAGGACGAAGAUUCCACCUCAGACGGCAUUGUGCUUUUCAUCUCGUUCGUCAUUUAUAUCGUCAUCGGAUCAAUAGCCAUUGCCGCAUACGAACCGAAUAUGGGUGUUUUCGAGGCGAUUUACUUCAAUUUUGUCACGUUAACGACUAUAGGUCUUGGUGAUUUGGUGCCGCAGAGUGACACUUAUCUCGUGAUCACUCUUGGUUUAUUGUACAGUUGGUUUGGCGUUGACAACGAUCGCCAUCGAGAUCGCAGCAGACACCUUGAAGAAGUUGCACUACUUCGGACGAAAGAUGGAGAACGUCGCCAAUGUGCAAGUGUGGUUCGGCGGAUUUCUAUGAAGGCGUUAGUGAAGAAUCUCGGAGAUCAAUUCAAUGUACCGAUCGAUGAGAUAGAUACGUUGAACCUAGAGCAGUUCGUCGACAACGCCAUCAAAGUUCAAGAAGGAGAACUGGCAACGUUGCGAGAGGAAAGGACACCGUCUAAACAGAAGGCAAAUGCAUACGUGGAUAAAGGUUGGAUGAAGUCGAACUAUUGGCGAGCGAUCGAGUCCGGGACGAUGCACUACGUGGACGAUGACGAUCUGGUCACAUUACAAAGCAAUCGUAAUUAUUAUUCUGAAUUCUAG